ACCUCUAGCCUACCAUGUCUGAACCAGGUUCUGGUUGUGGUGUUCCAGCCCAGAGAAGCUCACAGCCUGGUCCAGAGUUGCUGUCAGUGAAGCUGGGGGACUGCAAUCAAACAGUGGAACUCAAUGUGAUUGUCAAAGAGGAGGAGGAGGAGAGAGAAAUCAAUGAGGGGGAGGAGGAAGAGCGAGAGGAGGACAGGGCCUCUGUUGACUCAGGAGAGAUCCCCAACCCAGACUCAGUCAACGAACCCAGUUCCACAGAAUCAAUACUACCACCUGGUUGUGGGAGUUACCCCUGUCCUCAAUGUGAGAAGAGUUUCAGUUCCUCAACUAAUCUAAAGAAUCAUCAAAGAGUACACACUGGAGAAAAACCUUUUGACUGCUCAGCAUGUGGGAAGAGUUUCAGUGAGAAAGUAAACCUUAAGAGACACGAGAGAGUACAUAGUGGAGAGAAGCCUUACCACUGCACCCAAUGUGCGAAGAGCUUCAAUCAUUCUGGAAGCCUUAAGGAACACGAGAGAAUACAUACAGGGGAGAAGCCUUACCACUGCUCUCUGUGUGGAAAGAAUUUUCGUGUUGCAGGAGGCCUAAAGAAUCAUCAGAGAUCACACAGUGGAGAGAAGCCUUACCACUGCUCUCUGUGUGGGGAGGGAUUCACUCAGCUAAGAAGUCUUAAAAAUCAUGAGAGAAUACCCAUUGGAGGGAAGCCUGCCUGUCCUUUCAAUGUAAUUGUCCAAGAGGAGGAGGGAGAGAGGGACAUCAAUGUGGAGGAAAAGAGAGAAGUUGAGGGAGAGGAGGACAAAAGUGGUGUAGUAGACAGUGCAUGUCGGAGCAAAAACCAAACCAUGAGGUCGAAGGAAUUGUCCGUAGAGCUCCGUGACAGGAUUGUGUCGAGGCACAGAUCUGGGGAAGGGUACCAAAAAUUUCUGCAGCAUUGAAGGUCCCCAAGAACACCGUGGCCUCCAUCAUUCUUAAAUGGAAGAAGUUUGGAACCACCAAGACUCUUCCUAGAGCUGGCCGCCCGGCAAAAGUGGGCAAUCGGGGAGAAGGGCCGUGGUCAGGGAGGUGACAAGAACGUUAUGGUAACCGUAUUACCGCCACACUGGGGUUCAUGAUGGCAGUCAAAUUCCACGUGACCAAUUAGGCUUCUCCGAGCUCUGAUGCAGCUGAUGGUCAUUAGUAGCCUACCAAACUUGCUUAAAACCUCUAGUGACACCCAGCCCGUGAACAGGACCGUUGUCAUCAUCUGACACGAAUUAGCAUAACGCAAUGGACAUAAAUCUUCCUAGAAAAUAUUCCUAUUCAUGAAAAUCACAAGUGAAAUAUAUUGGAACACAGCUUAGCCUUUUGUUAAUCACCCUGUCAUCUCAGAUUUUCAACAAAAAAAUUAUACAGCCAAAGCUAGACAAGCAUUUGUGUAAGUUUAUCGAUAGCCUAGCAUAGCAUUAUGCCUUGCUAGCAGCAGGCAACCUUGUCACGAAAAUUAGAAAAGCAAUCAAAUUAAAUUGUUUACCUGAAUGAACUUUGGAUGUUUUCACUCACGUGACUCAAGGUAGAUAGCCAAAGUUCAUUUUUCCCCAAAAUAUUAUUUUUGUAGGCGAAAUAGCUCCGUUUGUUCUUCACGUUUGGCUGAGAAAUCGACCGGAAAUUGCAGACACGACAACGCCGAAAAAAUAUUCCAAAUUAGCUCCAUAAUAUCGACAGAAACAUGGCAAACGUUGUUUAGAAUCAAUCCUCAAGGUGUUUUUCAAAUAUCUAUUCGAUAAUAUAUCCACACGGUUUCUCAGUAGAAGCGAUUGGAAUGAUGGCUACCUCUGUACUUUACGCAAGAUUUUCUCCGGGAGCACAUGUGACCACUUGCGCAAUGUAGCCCCCUACGGUAUUCUUCAACAUAUAUGCGUAAAACUACGUCACAGUGCUGUAGACACCUUGGGGAAUACGUAGAAAGCGUAAGCUGGUUCAUAGCACAUUCACAGCUCAAUGGGGACUCAUUGGCACGCAGCGCUUUCAAAAUAUGGGGCACUUCCGGAUUGGAUUUUUCUCAGGCUUUCGCCUGCAACAUCAGUUAUGUUAUACUCACAGACAAUAUCUUUACAGUUUUGGGAAACGUUAGUGUUUUCUGUCCAAAGCUGUCAAUUAUAUGCAUAUUCUAGCAUCUUGUUUAAAACGGGAACGUUUUUCCCCCAAAAAUUAAAAUACUGCCCCUAGAGUCGCAACAGGUUAACUGCCUGGUACUCAGCACUCUGCUGUCCCUCUAAUCACUCUGGGAUCAAUGCAAAUGUAGUCCAACAUCUAAUCAAACACUUCAUGAUAAUGGUCCAUUCUAAAUCAAAACUAAACUAAUUUCACACAUUAUUUUAUAAAUGUAAAGACAACUUUAAAAUCAAGAAUAGUCUGAUAGGUGACAAUGUUAGCUUGUGGAUGAUGUGUUGUCACUUGUGGAUGAUGUGUUGUCACUUGUGGAUGAUGUGUUGUCACUUGUGGAUGAUGUGUUGUCACUUGUGGAUGAUGUGUUGUCACUUGUGGAUGAUGUGUUGUCACUUGUGGAUGAUGUGUUGUCACUUGUGGAUGAUGUGUUGUCACUUGUGGAUGAUGUGUUGCCACUUGUGGAUGAUGUGUUGCCACUUGUGGAUGAUGUGUUGCCACUUGU